UUAGGUAUGCGUAUUUUUUGUUUUUUUAGUUUCUUGUUAACAGUUUCUUUUUUUGAUUACACAUUUCAUGUUUUUGGGAUUUCUUAUGUUCGUAAAAGUCUGUAAUUUGGUACCUUUUUUAUGAGCUCAAAAGUCGCCAUUUUGAUCUUAUUCACCACACCAUCAUUUGGCAUUACCAUUUUAAUAGAAUCAAGUCAAAUGUAUUUAAAACUAAAUACGAAAUUCCUACCAGUUUAUGUACAAGAUGGUGAAAUAAAAUGUAAUACAUAUUCUUGACAUUACCUCAUUGUUGAUCAAACAAUUGCGCAUUGGCAGAUCGACCAUUUUUUAUACAGUGGUUUCACUUGUAUUUUAAGUGAUUGUGUUGUCUAAUAAAAUAAAACGGAUUUAAGUACAUUAGCUGCAGUUUACAAAAAUUUUGCGGAUGUGUUUUUCGCAGAAUGUGGUCUUCUUACGAUGAAGAUUUAUCAACAAAUGUGUUUUUCAAAGAAAUAAAAACGAAUCAUUCUGAUAUUCUCAGUAAGGCAUGCGACGAAAAAUGGGUAAUUUGCAUACCACGAAAUGGUAGUCUAGAGGAUACCAAUAUAUGUAUCAAUGAAAUUUUAGAUCACAUUCUGAUACCCGGCGAUGAAAACAGUUAUAGUACCUUAACUAAAAAACAGCUAAUUAUUGAAAAUAAAUGCAUAAAGUUUCAGAAUCAAGAAGUUUCAAAUGUUACUGUUGAUAUACUUUUCGAAGAGACUCAUUACUCGGGGGACAAUAAAAAGUACAUAGUAUGGUGUAUUGAUAAACAAUUGUUCGGUGAGAAAGAUCAGUCAACCCUGGAAACUACAUUUUUGUUAUCUACUGUACAUGAUUGCAAGUAUUUUUUAUGGCGGCAAACACGGGAGUUUGGAGUUUUAGAAAACAUUCAGGAAUUGUGUUUAAAUUUUUUAUCUCAAGAAAAUAAUUUUGAAACAGAGAGUCUACAGGGCCAAAAAGAUUUGAUUGGUAAUUUGUACUCUCAGUGCCUUCAGGUAUCUUUAAAGCAUGUAAUUUUUAAGGAAAAAGUUAUGAAGAAUGUUCAGUUUUUAGACAGUUUAAAGCUAGCAGUCGAAACGUACAUGCAGUAUUGUUUAGGAAAAAAGCUCAUGUAUGGUGUGAAUUCAUUGCAGCAUUACAGUGAUAGUGUGUUCAAUAAAAUUGUGAGAAAUUCCAGUGAUAUUAAGGUCGAAGAUUUGAAUAUUUCAAGUGAAUUGUAUAGUAUGCUCAAUCCAGCAAAAUAUGAACUUAGUAAACUCAACAAAUACUCAACGGUACUGGAUAAAAUUUAUUGUUUAAAAAAAGUGUUUAAUUAUUUUUUUGAAAAUGUUAAUGGUGUAGAAAUUUUCUGUUUUACAUCCGAUGAUUUUUUGCAGACUUUGGUGUAUCUGAUAUUAAAAUGUAAUGUUAACAACUGGAUAGCCAAUUUAACAUAUUUAAUUGAAUUUAAAUUUUGUACUUUAGAAGUGUCUAGUCAAAAUAGUUUUUUAAUAACAACAUUGGAAGCUGCUUUGGAAUAUAUAAAAAGCAACGAAUUUUUAGCUAUUAAAAGUAAUCUGAUAAACCAAAUGACUGCAGAUAAUCUGAAAGAGAAUGAAACUUUUUUUGAAAUGAUUUAUAAUAAUAUAAGAAGUGGUUCAUUUAAAUCUUUACCAGAUUUAAUUGAAAAUAAACAGAAUUUAUGUAGAUUGAAAUUGUGCCAUCCUCUAUGUAUGUGUUCAAAUUGUGAGAAUUUGGUGGGUGUAAUAGGAAACAAAGUUACAAACAAAAACAACCAAAAUUUGCUAAUAUACGCCAGUCUACAGGGGCAUAUAGAUGUUGUACAAUUUUUGUUAUCAGGAGAUUGUGAUUUAAAUGCGCUUGAUAGCUCUGGAAAAUCUGCUCUUCAUUAUGCUGCAUCUAAAGGUUUUCAAGAUAUUUUGCUUUUCUUAGUAAAUGCAGGAGCUGACGUUAAUAUCCUUGAUACAUACAAAAAUACAGCGUUGCAUAUAGCAUGCGAUAAAGGACAUGAAAACUGCGUGAAAGCAUUAAUAUUUUCUUCAGCAUUUCUUGAAAUUAAUCUUCAAAACACUUCGGGCGAAACACCUUUGUUUUUGGCUACCAAAUGGGCAUAUUUUGAUAUUGUGCGAUUGUUAUUAGAAAAUGGCGCGUCGGUUUGUUUGAAAAACAAUAGAAACCAGACGGUCUAUAAAAUAGCGCCAAAUUAUUAUGUUACUAAGCUUUUUGAGAAUUUUUGUAAAGAGAACAGUAAUAAUAUUUCGCGAGAAAUUCACGACACUAAAAAUUAUGCUUCUCUUGAUCAGUCCUAUCAGGAUCUUAGCAACGAAUUUUCUAGCGGUAAAGACUAUGGAGCAAAACCAAAAAGUAAAGAUGAGUUUAAAACCGUCAAUCUGUUACUUAAAGCGAUAGAAAACAAUGAUCUGCCUUUGGCGUGUUUUUACUUGGGGUUCACCGCGUCUUCAUCCAAAUUAAAUUCUAGUGAUUUGUUAUCAAGGUGCCAUCCUUUAUGUGCUUGUAAAAAAUGUGUAAAUGGGCCAGAUUCUGAUAGUGAAGCUGUUCAGGAUUUCAAAAAUAUACCUAAUAUUAAUGCAUGCAACGUUAACGGGCAUACUGCUCUUCACGCGGCUGCAAAAUUUGGUCGAACAGAAAUUUUGCGAAUACUGUUGGACAGCGGCGCUUUACCUAAUUUAAAAACCUAUCGAACUUCAUCUACUCCCUUACAUUUAGCCGUGCUGACCCAACAAACCCAAAUUAUUCGAGAAUUGUUAAAAUGCGGCACCUGUGCGGUAGAUCCUCAAGAUGCCAAAGGAAAUACACCAUUGUACUACGCAUGUCUUAAGAAUGACGUAAGAAUAGUGGAACUUUUGCUGGCAAACGGCGCGGAUUGCCGAAAAAAAAAUUACAAUGGAAAGUCAGUUUUACAAGAAGCGGAGAAUAAAAAUCAAUAUCGCAUAUUCAGACUUUUGAAAGAAAGCUUAAGCAGUUUUAAACGAGAUGAUGUGCAGAAUUCGGAGUCCGAUCUGUUUGACAGUUUGUUCUAAUAUACAUACCUAAUCAAAUUCUAGUCUGAUAUUAUACUUAUUUAACCAUGUAAAUGUUUUUGGUGUAAGUUAUUUUAAAAAGUGAACAAAAUGUUGGAACAAAUGUAUAUUCUAGUGCUUCAAGUAAAUUUAAGACGUAUUUAGUUACUAACUCAGACUGAUAUAUAUCUACUAGAUUUGUAUAUAUUUUGUAAUGUUCUAAAUUUGCAAUAUACUCAUAUA